AUGGAACAUACAAACGACAAAAUAUCUGGAGCUGUGAUGAGCAAGGUUAGAAUUAGAAGUGUCAUUACCGUUUAUCGAGUAUGUCUAAUUAGGCAAGAAUCGUUUCAUACUCUACAAACUGCACUUAGAGAUCUCUUUAGUAGCUAUCCCAGAUUGUGAGUACCAAUUUCGUUCUUCCUGUUGGGCGUUUAUCCAUCUUUUGAUGUCCCGGGAGAGCAGUUGGUCAUUUUUAUUAGGAUACCGUUUUUAGCUAAACUCCGCGAGUAGCAUCCAUCUGUAGGACGACAAAUGCACCUAACUCGUUUGGCCAUCCACUCUUUCGAAUCUCCAAUAGUGCAGCUGUCUGAAAAGUAGGCAUUGUGACUGACUUAUCAGGCGUUCAAGCGUUGCUGUCCGGUCUUUCCUACCUCGUAGAAGUCGCUGUACCCGUGGACCCAAGUUGGGAGCGUUAGAACACUUUUAAGUCGGAUCUGGGCGUGCUGUAGAAGUUAGGAAGAAACGGUGGUGAAUAUAACUUAAUGACAUUUUUGACUUUGCUGUCACGGAAUCCGUGUCAACUCGAUUAUCGACGUCCAGACAUCGUACAUAAACAAUCGCUAGACUGGUUGCCCUUCCAUGAGUAUCAGCUGACGGAGGAGCUUUUCUUCAACAUAACUUCCCUCUGCGGCUUGAAGUCGCAACCAAAGCAAGUGGUCGAACUGACUUCACUCCGUAAAGAUGCGACAAAAAUCGAUGUCCCCCCCCUCCCCAGAUGAGAGUGGUCGAGUGGUGUUCGUGCCUCAGCAGGUUCAGAGAUAAUGAAGGAGCUUGUGUUGCUGUGCCCUGGGCUACUUUAAGUAAUAAUUGUUUCGGGAGGGCCUCGUUGGAAGCGUAACAGACAAGUGGGGAGGCUUUUAUUUCGAUCUUAUCCUCUAAGAGCUUCAUCUAGUCGUAUUUGUCAGCCAUAUUACCCAAGCUUACCUUCAUAUCAUAUGUUGCUACCCGCUCCAUUGGAAAAAUGAAGUCUUCAUUUGUCAAGUACCUAAAUGGACUCACGGUUUUUCCGAAAGGCGCGUAUCUACCGCUAGCAUUCCUGCAGCAGAUAACAGCGGAAGUGCAGUUGCCAGCGGAUACUGCGAUUUUAGCUAGCCGCUUACAGGUGUUAGCUCUCAAGUGAAGGUUGGAGUAAAGAGAUAUAGCUUUUGUGUCACUGUGGUGCAGAGUAUUUCGAUUAGAAGUUUUUAUCUUCUUAAUAUCUCUCCAGAUCUUCCACCGCGCUUUGACGGCGCAGUGCCGAAAAUCUUGCUUUCUUAUCAUUCGGGCGUUCGACACUCAUCCAGAUGUUGACCUCUCUCGGCUCAUAUUCAAUCUUUAAACUCGAGUGUGAUGUGAUUUCUAUUAGCGGUCGGGCCUCAGUUAAGUAACCGUUCACUUUUCAGCGGUCGACGUCCGAGUCCCGCUGUCAUGCCGCUGUCUUCCCAGUCGCACGCCACAGCGUUGAUUGUAUGAGACGGAAUUGAGAAUCUGAUUUGUUUCGAGCUGCCGAAGGGCACUUUGCCUCAGUUACCAUCUGCCUUGAGUACUGGUACAUAACCAGUAUCUGUAUUGCAUUGCGAGCACUACUCAGUGUGAACAUGACACGAACAGAUUCUUGCGCCAUCUAAACCCUGUUCUCUGGUUGUGACGCCACGUCUGCACAAGCUACAAUUUUAGACGGGCAAGCCACAGAAACGUCGGCCUGAAGUGUUUAGAAUCGUCAGAAAUAGUGAUCGCGUUCCAAGAGUGUUCCGUGUUUUUUUUUCAAAGAACACUGGAUUCCUUUCCAUAUUGAAUUGGGACAGUGCAUAUUCUACGUCUAACCCACUGGUUGUCCCAGGCCGUCAGUCGCAGCACAUGCGUCACGCUCCCCUGUUCUACGGACACUCAUGGAGAAACUAUGGGAUAGAAUUAAAGGCGGGUCCAUCACAGUGCCGUGUGCCACCAAAGGCCCUAGUUCGUAAGGCAUUACUUGGUGUUCACGAAUGCUCAUAAUUAAAUAAUUUAGAAAGACAAUCGGGAAAGUGCCCCCGCGGUUUGACGUCCCUAACGAUUAAGCCUACCCAAGCCGUUACUGUGCCGAGUCGAGUCUUACCGCUUGUUUGCCAACUUCGCUUCCCGCUGUCCUCAAAACAGUCCUCUGAGCUACGACAUCUGCCGGUGAUGAUUGUGCCUAUGCAGUUUUGUUGAUCUCGGCUCAUUUUUUGAGUAAAACUUGUAUUUAUCUGACUACUCUUGAGUUUCGGGUCGAUUGUGUAGCCUACGUUUAUCCCAGCCUGCUCUGUCCCCCUCUUAGUAUUAACGGCAGAAUUAUUGGGGCGAAAGCGUCGACGGGCUAAUCACUUAAUUCUGCGUUCGGUAACAAGGGAGUUGGAUUAAGUGAUUCGUCUCCCACAAUCACACCGAUCGUAAAUCCUCACAAUGUAGGCCAGAUCUUCAUUAUUUUCCAUUCCAGUGAGUUUUACUGCCAAGUUGUAUUUAUACAGUCGAUUCUAUAUUUUUUAUCUGGUUUUUCUGUCAGUGCUGAGAUUACCGAUUCAUGAGGCGGCGAGUUUCAGGGAUGCCUAUUUCCUUGAUUUUGUAGCUAAGAAUGAAUUUUGAUAUGAAUCCGAAAGGUCGGGCACACUAACUUAUUUGAAUUUUUGAACAUAAUUAUUCUCACUGCUAGGUUUCUCUGCAUAACGAGCUAACCUAGCGACCUGGUUCCAGGACUCGCGACCUAUUGUCCAUGCAUCUGAUAUUCCACUUUAUACGUAGAACGAAGGGAUCAACUUUGAGGAACAAGAAGACCACAACCACCACAAGCGCUUUGAAGUUUUCAGCACUCGUAAGUGCUGGUCCAAAACGAAGUGAGAACAAUUAGGUCCUCGUAGAUGCAGAUGCGGCAAGGAAAGUAGGGUGUCUAGUAGUGGCUCUCUCGCAAACAGUUGAGCGCUGUUCUGAGCUGCAAAUGAUCUUAUGAAAUUGUGACUUCUGGUCCGCGCUCACUCUGUCCCGUACACUCAUCCUAGCGCACAUCGCUGGUCUCAAUGCUUUCGUAGCCCACCAGCUUUUAGACGCUAGGCAGUUUCAGUAAGUUCGGGAAACCAGUAUCCUGAUUUUAUGAAUGAAAUCUCCAGAGAGUUUGCGACACUUAUCAAACGGCCGCUUAUGUCAGCCACCCUCCACCAUAUUCACUUACACGUAAAGCGUCGACAGCUAGUUCAGGACUUGACAUAGACGGUUUUUAGGUUUCACUAGUCGUAGCCGCUGGCCAAGGCAUUGAAUCCCUGGUGUAGCUUUAUUCCACCGUUUAUUUUGGUCGCUCUUUUUGGCGAUCAAUCAUCCUCCGAGGAUGUUAUCCCAGGUUUUUGAUAUAGUCGUCACCGAAACUAACUUAGGCGCCGAGAGAGCUGCUAGGAUCAAACCUCCUAAAUGCGCUACGCUGUCAUAGGAUUAGAUCAAGGCAGGAGCCGCAUUGAUUCAUGUCGUUUUUCCGGCAGUGCUGCGUCUACACGAACCCUCAACGUUUGUGGUGCGUUCGUGUGGCACGUUUCAGAUGGCGCUUCACGCUAUGAUAAUCAUUUUGUCCAAUCGAAUCAGUCGAGCGACAGACUCGGGUAGACCCCUGGAGCAUGGAAAACGAAGGAAAGUACGAGGUCAACUCUGGAGCACGCCACCUUCUCAUGGCGAUUCGGCGCACUCCUCACUACGGUACGUCUAACGCUUCUCAAACUCUAGGGAGAGACUAAAAAUCGUGAAGCGAAGUGUCGACGGAUGACAAGGUAACCUUGUCCUCUCGGUUAGACUCUCAUGGUCUCUUCUUUACAUGGUUUUUGUAACAAGCCGGCUUCCUCAAAAACUACUCCAUGUGGAGUGAGAAACCGGCACAUAAAUACCAUGCGUAAAAGGGCAGUUAGCUUUGUCAGUCUUCGAUGUGGUGGACGCGGGAGAUGACCGUGAGGCAGAUGUGAGGGACGUCUGCUUUAUUAUAAACGAAUUUAAGCUCAACUAACCACUGGUCUUUCUCAGGGAAAGUGGUAUACCUUUUCGCUUGUGAUGGACGAGUUAUAGCCUCUAGAGUCGUAGCCAAACCAGUCCACUCUUGAAACAAGUAACGAGGCUCCGACUUGCAUGAGAGGUGUCGUUUCCAUGUUCACGGUGAAAGAUGAGGGACGGAUCCGUGUGUGGUAUGUGUCGGUGACAUAUAUGGUGAUGGGGUUUGACUGGGGGUAUUUUACCGCAGGCCUUCAUGGUUGUACAGGUGGCCCUAGAAGACCCGUGCAUUGAAUAAAUGUGUGUGGACAGCGUAGGCAGUUGAGACGAGUGCGGUGGGUGUAUGCUAAUGCUCCAGGCGUUGGUUCCUCGGACUGACCAGAUCAAUGCGUAAUGUGCAUGUACGGUGGCAAUACAGGCAAGAUAGGUUGGGAGCUGCUGAGUCGGUUGCGGUGGUGAUGCUGCUAGUGGCAACGACAUUGGUGGAGUGGGAGUUAGUAGUACUGGAGAUGGGAGAGUUUAUCAGAUGUGCAAGGUAUGUUUAGCAUGUCGAUAUUGCGUGAAUUCUGCUGCCAUGGAUGCAAAUGUGACCGAAUAAGCACCCGCGGCUAGUGAAUUUGCGUGGGCAUUGCGGACAGUUAUGGCCGGUGCUGUGGGUGUAUGUCAUCUGCAUACCGAAUCCACAAUUUCUGUAGAUAGUGGUCGGAGGACAUUGCUUCUGCUCACAAUAACACCGUUUAGUCAAUGGUGGCGGAUAACGGCGACACCUCUGGCUUGUUAAAAUCAAACGUGGUCGAAUGCAAAUAGAGGUCAAACAGUGUUUAAAGGGUACUAUUGAUAUUUCCACUUUUUAGGUUGCUUUUCGCAUCACUGUGACGUCCUUCUAGCUGGGCAUGUACGGUUUAAACUGCGGGAUACCGCGUGAUUUUAGAGAAAAGUGAUGCCUCCUAAAAAGCCAGUCACCUUUUUUCUUGCGUUACUAGGAAUUAUUGCACUGAGUGGGUAGGUGUCGCACGACUCUUUGCCAGAAACUUCGGGCACUCAACUAAUCCCGCAGCGAAACCACAUGUGUUCCUUUCAUGGAGACAGUCCUGUCCUGUAAACUCGCAAAAACUCAGAAGGGGGUGCGUUCUCAGUACCCUUGGGUUUUGUCUUUUGAGAGUCGACUGUCGUUAUUUCUCCUGAUUUCCGAAACAUUUCCAACUCAAGAAGGGAUACAUUAGCAAGGCCAUGGCAUCUAAGCCCCCCGAUGUUUCUUAUGAAGGCAGCCCAACAAUGGCGCCAGCAAACAGCAUCGUCAGAUUAGUUGAGACAUCUUGGUAGGCAAAAUCAAUAAAAAAGACCCGACUACGAAACAAAAACCUAAAAAUGCUUCUAUUGCCUGCUGAAGAACUCGCCGUUUGAGUGCGCCACGUUGCCAGUUGUUGGCAUGCCGACUAGCGUUUAAAACUGUCAGAUGAGCCGCAGAUGUGCAAAACAGCAAACUUUUCAAAGACAUCCAUAACAUUCGUGAUUGUACAACGUCUACGUUUAAUCAAUGCACGCAGCGUCUCGUCCCCCGUUAGAUUUGGUUGUCGUCUACUCCACUUGACCCUGAGAUUUUCGCGCAGAGUAUCCAAACCAACAUGCCGAUUGCCGUAUAGUUGAUUUGAGUGUAUGGCCUCAAGAGAUUCUCGGCAUUUUUUGAACUGGCAGAUGUCAAGAACGCGUGUUCUGUCCCAGGCAAGGGUGUGCACCUGACCACCUGAAGGUAAUUGGAAUGCAGGCGGUUUUGCAUAUUCACGGCACUUCUAAAAUUCCUUAACGGGGUUGACCUAAUGUAUUCGGAGUGGAUUACGACAAGAGUGGCAUGAUAACGAGAGCUGUAGGGCUUCAUUCCCGGUUCGCUACCUGGUUAGGAGGAUUGGAUUUAGAAGUCAGCAUUUGAAUUUAGCCUGGCAGAAGUCAUUGCGUGAGAAGAGCCCCUGUGUUUCAUUAAACAAAUUACAUUCCCAGCAUGUCAGUACGUUUUGCACACUAAUUCAUCAAAACGCUGCACUCCUCGAAUAUUUAUAAGCGAACUUGACGGUUGUCUGAGCGUUUAAGGGCGUUUUUCCUUUUGCCAUGGAAACGGACAUCUGACCGUCCGUCAUCUGUUGACUCGGCAACCUAUUUUUUCAUCGGACCUAACAACAAUGCGAAAGCUGAAAACGUUCAACCCGUUCUGAAGUGCAUUUGCAGUGACUGCAACGUUAAUUUUUUUUUAUUUUCGUAGACGUUGUAGUCUGCUCAGGCUAGUUUCAUCUAAGGAAUCAUCUUAACGAAAGUGCGCGAAAUCUAACUAUAGCACGGCGUCUUAAGGACCCAGGAAAAUGUCGCAUGAGUACUCGGAUUCUAAUGGGCGGCCCACCUAAAUGGCUCAACCACCUCUGUGUGGUGGAUACACGUGAUCGCAUUUCUUGUCGAGCUUGCAGGACCCCUAAAACGGGCCACGAGGUAGAUGCGCUGGAUCAGCACAGGGGCUAGAUCGGGGUCCGGCAGGCGUUAUCGGAAAUGCGCACCCGUAACAUAUGCUAACAUGGGGGGUGUGUCAGCAUGUCCAGUUGCAAGCGCAUGCCGUGCCAUUUGGGAUCCGUGUUGCCCUUCCUUUACUCUUGUAAUGUAAAAUCCUGGUCAGUGUACUUUAUGAGCCAGAGGGUGUGGUGGCACGCCUAGGUGUGGGUUUUCGCCGUGCCAGCCACCUGCGUCCUCUCUGUCGCCGGCCUUCUUGACUCUAUCUCCUGACACAGGGCUCUGGUGAGAGAGGAGGUGAGAGUGUGGUAGAUGCUGCGAAAGUCUUCUUUCUCUUUGAACUAACUCAACGUAAGUCGCUGUCCCUGCUCUCAUCCUACUGUGGAGCACACGUUGGACAUCGUCGGUCAUGAGGGUCGAACUACCGUGUUUAGAUUACAUGGACGGUUCCAUUCUUGACCCCAUUCUCUCGGCGGCACCACGGCUCCAGCUACCCGAGGGAGAUAUUACAAGCAACACUGUCAACAUGUUCUUUGCAAGCUCAGCCAGAGCGUGCGAACGAUGACCCACCGGUCAUCCAGAAAUGCGGUCAAGUUGCUUGCCAAACAGUGGAAGGCUUUUUCCUGCAGUACCUAACUUUCAAGAUAGACGUCUCCAUCCACCUCGCUAGCACACUAGUUUAAGAUUUCGAGAUUGUGCCAGAUGACAGCUGGCGUGGUCUUAUUCUUUGACACGACAUUCACCAUGCCGCAGCAUCACUACCACUUGGACUAUUCUAGCUAUGCAACCAGCUCGUUAGAUCAGUGCCCACCCACACCUGAAGUUUUUACCAGCACAUACUACUUGAGUGUUUUUAUGUCAUACUGGAGAUCCUGAUGACUUUACAGUUAACUAAGGGCCCGCCUACAGACGUGGCGGGUGUCGCGUAGCUAGGCCAGUAAGCAGCUUCCGUCUUCAGCCGCGGCCUGUCGCCCUGGAUCAACGUCUUGUUGUUUUGCACACUUCAGCUCCUACAGGCCGGUCCUUUUAUGAAAUCAUCAUUUUUUAUUUUUUUUCCUUUUCUGUCAGCCCUGCCGCAUUCUUAAUCGAAUAAUUCAUCUGUCGUUUAGCUUUUGAGAGAUACCAAAAUUCCGGUGGACGAUCUGCGCAAAAUAUGGGACCUUUCUGAUCUCGAUCGGGAUGGCUCGUUGGACCGGUUCGAAUUCAUACUGGUCAGUUGCCGAUUGCAUCAUGCACUGGGUAUUUUGUACUGUAUUGGCUAGAAUCCUUCAUCGUAUCAAGUAUCUAAAAGCCUGAUGCUUGGCCCGAAGUAGUUUUCUGUAUGCUGUAGAGCCAUGGAGAAAGUUUCCAGCAGGAUUUAGGUUGAUGUUUCAUCGAAGUAUCCUCUUUACUGCCAGGCGCUAGAGGAAGAUACUGUCAUAAACAGUGCCACAGUAUACUAUACCUAUUCGCACACUUGUCCAGUCAUUAGAUAAAGAAGACUGCUCGGGGAGAUUUUGGUUGUUAACCUACUGGCAUAUUGAGUUUUGAUGAAGGUGCAGAUAAGACGGGGCUCCUAUGAUUUUGGUAAAUCAUUUCCACUGUUCCUUUUUAUUUGCGUAAUACAACUGCACGGCCAUUUCCUUCGAAUGUUUGAAAGAGGUGGCGAGCCUCGUCAAACAUGCCAAUCCUUACGAAAAUUCCCGAACCCGCGCCCACGAUUCGUCUACCGAAAUACGCAACUGAAAAGUAGACGGCCUUUAGUGGAGAGAAAGUACAAAAUAGUACUGGAAGUAGUAUGCGGUUACUGAAAAAUAGAAUCGAAUAGGCGAGUUCUGGAGAGUACUUCGGGGGAAGAUGAGAUCGGCCUGACGCUCCGGAUUCUCACUUUAAACCAUCACCAGGGGCAGUCGAAGAUAAGAGUAAUGAAGGCACAGGGAUUGCGGUAUUUAUAGAACGUAGUUGCCGUGCCAUUGCAUGCCUGCUGUCAGCAGCAUCUGCGUUCGUCGCUGGGGCCUGUAUUUAGCGGGGCGAUAUCCUUGCGAUAUCGUCUAAGCAAGUGCUGCUUACUUUGAAAUAAAGUCGAUGUACCGAACACGAGGCAUGGUCCUCAGGCAGCGGUGGUCGAAUAACUCCGGUUUUCGUUCAUCCUCCACGCCCACAUCUCAGCGCUCACAACAGUAUAAAAAGACUGAGUAGACAGAUACGCAGUAAACGCCGUUCUUUGUAGCGAUGGAGAUGUCGCGUCAGGUCCACAGGCACUUUGUAAGGGUUGUGAAAACCCUAAGGGUGUCAUCAAUUCGAGAAACGAUGUCGUCCGUACUCCGUCCGUUUGAUAUCAGCCUCACCCCGAGGUAUUUAAAGUCAUCUAAUUCUUCAGGUUGACAGCCAUGUAUACCGAGGGAUGCUCUUUCCUGGCCGCAGUUAACGACAGAACAGGCGUAAAGGCCGAACAGGACAGGCGUGCAUUCCGUUCUGCAGCGAAGAAUGUGGACAUAUGGUUCAUUGACGGAGUGUUCAAUAGCACUUGAGCACAGCUCAAACCGCGGGUCCUCCCUGACCGGAGUUGGGGUGUGGCUAGUUGAGGGCGGGGGAUAAGCGUGAAAUGAUCAUUCAAGUCUGCUUCCUUUCUCAGUAAACUUGCCAAUCGUUUUACCAGCUUAUUGAGAGUUUGCUGUGUGAAGACUUCUUGUCGCUGUUGUUUUGGACUGUGCGGUGCGGUAUCUCUUCAUUUGACUUUUCUUCGAUUAUCAGUUUUGACUGUUUAUGACUUCGGAACCACAAGGUUUCCUAUGUCCUUGAGCAUGUACGUUAUUCGGCCAAUAAGCUAUCUCAGUCUCGCAGGAUUUAAGUAAUGAGUACAGAACAGAGGAUCAAACUGGUUCGUAUGCCACAACAUGCCGGCUACCAAGUACGGUGUACUUCGAACCUCACUGUUGUCCAAUUCGCAUAUUUUUUUCUUGGUUUAUGUUAGCUGUUUGAUGUCUUUUUGGGUUUCCGGAGGUGGUUUGCUAGAAGACUUCAUAUACCAGAUAAUAUCUGAUUGUAAUUUUACACUUAGAAACCGGAAUAUGUCAUUGUAGCCCUCCUCGAGGUGUUUGCUCGAGAAUGCUCCUAGUCCACGCUCUACCCGUCUUGCCGAGAAAGCAUGCCCCUUAUUUCAAUUAUAUGCGAAUAUUGUAGCCUGCGUAAUACGCCCUACAAAAGGAAUAAGAACGGUUAUAUCUGUUAUCACACCAAUGGGCAGCUGAAGAAAAGCCAAACUAUGCUAACUUUCACUGCAAACCAGGAUCUUUCAACUACCCGAUUUCCAUUUGAGAGCCUGCCUGUUACGAUGCGUGAGCAGACUUUUGCUUGGAAUACUGUGGCUUUAUAUACAGACAUUCCUCGAUUAAAAACAUGAAUCACCUAAAAAUGAACACCCUCUCCCAGCUCAGUAGACGGCGGGAUUUUACACGAUGCACAUGCUGCGCGCUGCUACUCUGAAAUUAUAAGAGAAAGUAAAAAUAGACCAGUAGAAUAGCCCAUCAGCGCCACCAACGCAGCUUAUCACCUUCAGCUUUUUUCUCCAUGUGGUGCGCCGUGUGCGAGUAUGCCUUUUAAUGGCGAUUGGUUGACGGGAAAAUACCGAGUGAAGUUGAGCUAGUUGGUAGGUCAGCCCCAGAGACUGCAGGACCCGAGUUGUUCCAGUUCACCGAUGCACCCACGACUUUCAGUUGGUCACCUCGGCCACAUCGUUAGCGAGGCCCCUGCGAGAGGUGGGUGGUAUUUCGAACGAUUUCCUGUUGCAGAUCGCCCAGCACAAGCUUAAGUCAUCCGAAUUAACCAAUAUCACAGGCAGAGUUGACAAGCUGUUUUCGGGACCGACUCAAUAACUAGUUUUUUUUUUGAAAUUGUGGUCGUGAAACGAACUCAGAGGACGGAUCGCGAGCAGCAUGGUGGUGACGCCAAUCCGGGUGCCCUCUGCAACAACGCUUUUGACGCUUUUUUGUAGCAGCAGUGCCCCCCCAAACGGGCCACGUGAUAGAUGCGCUGGACCAACACGGGAGCCAUAUCGGAUUCUGACAGGUGUUUUCGGAAUGCGCACCAUAACAAAUGCCAACAUUCGGGGUGCCGUGCCAGACCCAGUUGCCGGCUGACGUCGCGCACACUGGGACCCCUGCCGCCCUUCCCCCAUUUCUGUUGUUGGUUAAAAUCCUGGUCAUUUGCUGUAUGGACCAGGGGGUGUGGAGUGGAGCGUCGAGGUGCGGAUUCGACCGUGCCAUCCACCUGCGCCCCCCCCCUCACCUCCGGUCUUCUCGACUCUGUCUUGACACCGAGCCCAGGCGUGGGAAGAGGAGAACUUGCGGUAGAUGCUGUGCAGGUCUACUCCCACUAUAAACUAAUUCACGCACAAGUCACCGUGCCUGCUCCACCUUGUUGUGGAGCACAUGGUGGACAUCGUCAGAAAUGACGGUCGAACUAUGCAGCAGCGGCGGUCGCGUUUUUGUCCAAUCACAUCUAUCCAAACUGGCAAUCAACUUUAAGACUGAAGCAGACGCCCGCGCUCAAGGCACCCGGACACCUGCCCUAGCGACGCCGGACGUGUGCCUCUUGUCCGGCUGUCAUGUUGGUCAAAUCCAUUUUCCAUUCAUUCCGUACAGAAUGCACUACCAUCUAUACCGGCGUCCAGCCCGUCUUACACCCUGAGACUUGUCUCCAAGCCCACAGUGGUUAAGUUAAGUUCUUCCCAUGGCUUUAACAGCCACGCCACCGUCGAUUGUGAACUUCGGGCCGCGAGUAUCUCCGGAGUGCCCGGAUAGAAAUCUCGUAAGCUGUCAGUUUGGUCAAGAGUUCAAUGAGACAAAGUGAGUGCCGUAUUCAUCAGUUGAUUUGAUGUAGCAGAACAUGUCCACUAACGCAGGAACACCACGUGAGAUAUUUCUGGACGCCAAACCCAAGGUACUCGCCUUCAUUUUACGAAAACAAAUCCUUUGGCCCACUUUAGUUGUCUUCACAACCGUCUGUAAUUGGGAGCGCUCUAUGUCUGCACAGGAACUUUCGGCGACCCUAUCUGGUAGUGCGAUACCCAUAUUUACAACCUGAAAUCCGGUAGUAGGCGAUUGCGUUUCUCCAGAAAACGGAUGUGAAUAGGUGAUGUGGCUAAUCAUCGAAAGUACCCCAAUUAUGAAACGCGCACACAUUUGCUUAUAGUGAAGUAAACCUUCGAUGCAUCAAUCCCACACUCACUAUGGACGACCAGGAAUAGACACAAACGUGGCAUCCGCCCGUUUCGUACAUGACCUGAUCGCCUACUUCCCUGGAUUGACGUAGCUUUCGCUGCUGUAAGCCAGUUAUUUUUGCGAAUCAAGCUGACUGACUCAUCUCCCUCUCUCUCACACACACGUACGACUUUUGACCGUCGUUGCCGGCCAUGUCCACCGUGUGCUCCACAACAGGGUGAGGGCAGGGCCGGCGACUUGCGAGUAGGUUAGUUUAUAUUGAUGGCAGACUUUCACAGCGUCUACCGCGCUUGCUUCUCUCCCCACCUUGAUCCGAUGUCAAGAAAGAGUCAUGAAGACCGGACGUGAGGGAGGAUGCAGAAGACUGACAUGGCUGAAACCCCCACCUCGGCCUGCCACCACACCCCCCCCUCCCCCCAAUGUUGAAAUUUGUUAUGGGUGCGCAUUUCCGAUAACGCCUGCCAGACUCCGAUCUAGUCAAUGUGUUCGUUCACCGCAUCCAUUGCGUGACCCCUUUUUAAGGUCCCAUACGCGCACACACACACAUCGCCGUUACUACUCCAUGGUUUUUCUCUGAUUUUAUCAGUUUCCUGCGACACCGCACCGCUUUUCCGCCCUUGUCAGCCUUUUUCCAUGACACACAUUAUUCUCCCUCCUACUAAGUCUGCUCAGACAAAUACACCAUCCACUCAAAAUCCUUAUUUUCGCUCAUGGCUUAUAAACGCGGAUAUGCUGUGAAUGAUGAAGAUGGCUGAACUUGCCAGCAGCAAAGUAGGCAUUUGUAAUAAACCUACUGCAAUUUCGAGGCCAUCUGCCGCCGCGAGGUUGCGCGUCCUGUCCGUCACGUAGGUGACCUCAAAGAUGUACUCCUAUCGUAGCAUAUUUGGUGGCCGACCGUCACGGAUAAUGUUUUACGGGUGCACACAAGUGAGUGCGCCUCUAAAAACAGAAGGGUUUUUUUCAAUUUCUGCAGAACUAUUCUGAUGCCAGUGGAGACCAUAAUCCGGAAGUGAUUAGCAGAUUGGGUGCAUGCGAGCACUUUCCGCACGAUUUUCGGCAGUUGUCCUGUUUUGUGUCGCCUCUUUUUUGCCACGUUUGCUCCUUUCGUUCCAUCGCCUGCAGGACUGCCGAAUUCUGUGUUCAGGAGAUUACUGGACAGCAGUUGCAGUAGACGCUUAAACUCACAAGGUAUCUGAGACUCCGCUAAAAAUCGCGAAUAACUCGGAUAGUGGCUCUAUCACAUCGAUAAAAACGCAGAAUUAGGAAAUGGAUCAAAGUUACAGUUAGUGACCUAACUCAUCAAAUGUGUCUAAAUUUACGAACGACUGCCAAUCACUCGCAAACCGACACCAUUUCAUGAGUCCAGUGUCUAUUUUAAUUAAGUACAAGUUUAAAAGAAUUAAAAACAUAAAAGAAAUAUUAUAGGCAGUGUUGCGUUUUUUAGAAAUGCCGAUUUCUCUAGAAAAGCCCAAUAUCCCGAAAACGCCAGAGAGGGCUCUAAUUAAGUAAAGUUCGUUUAUAGAUAUAUAGAAUGUAUUCUCAUACCAAAAGCUUAGUAAAUAUGAAUGUAUACAUAAAAUAACGUCUAAUAACAGUGUUUUAGUGAAGUUUACAUCUAAAUAUCGUUUAAUAAGUAGUAUGAUUUCGUAUAUGACGGUUUGUCAACUGCCUACAUUCCGAGUGUAGAUUCCCAAACCGUUUUCCAGCUUUUUGUGUUAUCCAUGGGUCUCUUCGGUUAAAUGAGGUGAGAUUCAACAAGAGAAACUGGAUUUUGCUUGAUUUCGCCGAUGGGGACGUCGAAGGAACAAAGGUUUUCAUAAGGUGACAUGCCAUGAGGCCGGUCGGUGCCUAAUAACUUUAAAUAGAACUGACAGGCGUGAUCUUAAACAUACCAUUUUGUGUUUAUAGAGAGGAAUUUUCUUCCAUUAAAUUAAUUUACAUUUUUCCUUCGUUUUGGAUUACGUUGAGUUUCUGAUCGGCCUCGAAGUGUUGCUGAAUACUUCAUGAUUUUCAGUGUUUUCACCCGAUCUUCCAUAAAGACAGAUUCUGAAUUAUCUGUCUGUUGAGAACUUUAAAAUAAGAUCAUUCUUGAAGGCAUUCACCGAAUAAGUGAGUGUUCGGGCGCCUCUUUUCACGAAGAAGGUCGAUUGGGUCAUAUGUGAAAACUCAUUCAAACAUAAAACUUCAUUUUCGAGGAAAAUGGCUGUCCGCCGUGAAAGUCAGCAACGAAUAUAUCUUCGAUCAAUAAGAAAAAUUUCCUUUAUGAAUUACCUCUUUAAAAAGUGCUUUAUUACUGCACAACGUUGACGGAUCUCUGUGUACUUUGCAUUUUUGCACGGCGAGGCCAAGUAAAAAUUCAACACUUGGCCGUUUCUCUUAGGUUCCUAAACAAUACUAAUAUUUUUCUACCGUGAACGUAAGAACACGCCUUUUUCUAUAUAUUGAGACCAUUUCCACUGUUUUUUUUUCAGUUCAGUUCAGUUUAUUUGAGGGAAAUAUAGGUGUUGAACCUUUGAACUCCCUAUUUGUUACAAGGAAGCGAACUAUAUCGAAAAUUGAAAAUGGAAACAUCAAAUAGCUACAGUGUUUCUUCAGACUGGCAAAGUUUUCGAAGCCAGACAGAUAAACGAAUUGUUCCAAGACUCCGUUCUUCGAUUGUGAAUACACGGCAGAGCGCCCAUAUAAAUACUGAUAUUUUGCUGAAACUAUAAAUGUUUCGCUCGUCCUAUUUCUGAAUAAGAUAUGCACAGAAACUAAACUACACGAAAAGUAGUGUUUCAUAUGUUCAACGCUGGAGAUGACCAUCCCGUGGUGGUCAUCUAUGUGACAUCAGGUAGAAUUUUCCAAACGGCAAAACAAUUUCAGCCCACUUAAACGAAGGAAUCCCUAUCUGCGUUAUUACUGCACUUUUGAGCAUCAAAUCUCACAGAUCUGCUAAUCUGACAUUUAGAAAUUUGUAAAACCUCUAGUUUUCUUAAAAUAACUUUGGCCUUAGCAGAAUGAUCGCCAUGGUUAACAUCGGACAUAAAAUAAAUUUUCAAGUUCGGCUAAAUCUGUUUAUUAAAACUCUCGCGGGUAACUUGCUAUCCUUUUAAUGAAAAAGUGGCUCAGAUGCGUAACCGGAGCCUAGGACAUGUAUUAGCAUAGGAAAUUGCACGAAUAUAAUCCAACGUCCAUUUUCGCUAAGGUCUACUGAUAUUUUACUUGAUAUAAUUACGUAAACGCAAUUUCUGAACAAGAAAAGGACAUACUAUUGAAGGAUGUGGAUGAGCGACCAAAAUGCGCAACAUUAAAGGAGUCAAGAAAUUCUGCCAUCAGAUUCCGUUAUCAGAUUUUAUGAGAUUGGUCACGUACUGUAGGGGGAAACAUGCCAGAUUGUUGAAAGAAAUCAUAAUCUUCUCUCAAAGGAAGUAGUAUGUUGCUAUAAGCGUUUUUGUCAGAAUUAAGUGCAUGCUUCUGCCGCUACGCUGCCGUUGCUGUUCAAGUUUAUUUGCAUGUUUAUGCAUGGAAAGUUGCCUUACUAACAAUUAUAUUGUUUAACUUCGACAUUUGAUUGUUCACCAUAGGCAGAUGUAACAUGUAGUAUGGCAUUCAGCCAACAGUUCGAUUCUGAACAGGUUUUUCAGGCGUAAUGGAAUUCGAUUUCACGUAUAAGGUGUUUUAGAGUCUACUCGUUUCAGUUAACAUAGGCCAAGAAGAUCUUGAUCGUCCGAUCAGCGAGAUCGCAGGGAAAAGCCACUUUGAGACCACACGCGGAAAGCCUGGUGGCCAAUUAAAAACUGCAGCACUCAUAGCGACUGCAACCAUUGGCAUGCUUCUAUCAGCCAAUGAUCAGAGUUUAUGUUUUUCUUCCGGUGACAGAUGAGGACGUCGAGUCUAACACUGCUAAUUGCCAGAGGAGGCGCUGUUGGUGUGUUGUGGCUGCCGACAACAUUUGCCGAUUGAGUUUGUCUUCAGAUAAUCUUUCCGAUAGUUGACUUCUUCGGCCGUAUUUGUGAGAUUGCAUAGGCAUGACGUCUCAUGGUCGGAGAAUGUGUAAUUGCAUAGCAUCGACUUGUGAUGAUCAUUGCGUAAGAACGUUCUUCAGUACAGUUUGGAGUUAGAACAACCUUUGUUGAACUAUUUCCUGAAUGGAAGCCAACUUUUACGUCUUCCAAAGUAAGGCCAGAAAUAUCGUAAACAAAUGAUCCUGAGUGAAACUCAAAUCAUUUUGGCCAUCAUUUAAUAACAUCUCUGCUCGACUUCUAGCCCAUUCCACUAUCAUGUGUACUUCCACGCGGACCGUAAUAUUCCUCAUGUGAGUCAUGCAGCACCCGUUCCCCCUGUCUACCACCCACAACACUACCAUCAUCAAACCCACCAUGUAAUGGUAGGACUACUUCCGAAAUGUUCAUUGAUGACUGAUAAUUAUCCCUGAUACUUUGGGUGCCUUUACUGAGGAAGGCAGGACCAGUAGGAGAUCCAUUUGUGGUCUCUUUGUCGCCGUCAGCCAGUCGUACCGAAAACGCUGCUGUCAUCGUGAAAAUGAAAUGAUUUCCAUCUCACGCAGCCAGAAUUUAGAGUUUGAUGAAGUCCGCACCGACUGUUUACAUGGCCAUUUUUCGCCUAGACUAAUGCGUUCUCAUGGACUGGUGCGCGCAAACGCGCAAAAGCACUUACUAGCAAAUAGAGUCUCUCCAUGGAUCUCCCAAAAUGAAAUAUCUGCCUGAAUGAAGGACUUCUUUCGUAUCACGUUAAAUUAGUACCUACAAUUGGCAACAGUCGACAGCUUUCCCCCUCCCACUGAUCAUCUAACUUUUGGUCCCCAUGUUUCGUUAGUUAUGUCGCUCACUCUAGUUCGAAUACACUUCCUCCCACUGUACUAGACGAUGCACUUGGUGUGUCGCCGCCUGGAAGGUGACGCGAUUCCGAGCGUACUUCCCACAAGUCUCAUCCCACCCAAUAAGAGGGGCGCCGCCUCAGAGCCUCUCGCCCUGAUGCCACCCCCAAUGGCCUCCACGGACUUCAACAGCAUCGCCAUCUUCUCGCCCAGCCCCUAUAAAUCCCCUUCGUCAGCGGUACGUGUUUGUUGCAUACCUUUUGAAUUUUUAUUUCCCCCUGGUCCCUUGCUUGGCGGUAACGUUUUGGCUGAGCGGCCCGCUAGAUGUCGGCGAACUCCUGUCCUGUUCAUUUUGCUCCCACCUUUCCGCCUUGUUUUUCCACGGGCUUUGCAUGCCCUUUCCAACCCCUUCGCAUGUCUACUCUCGUCCCACCAUCCUCCUUCAAGCCUUCUGUCUCCUGAUCCUCCCCUCCCCCCUUCCCUCAAAAUCCCCUUCGGUCAUCAUCCUUUUUCCCCUUUGCAUUCCUUUUCAGAGACUUCACAAUGACUGUAGAAAAAGUGCGGCCUAUGAAUGCCCUUUUGAAGAAAAUUAGUAUACUUAAUUUGAACAUGUGUAGGCAAUAAAGGCAAGGUAUAUUAUACUUGAUAGAUCCCUUCGGAGACUACUGAGUGAACUUUAAGUCGCACAUGUCGGAAUGGACAGGUCUGGCCCACGAACUUCAAACAAACCUAUUACGUUUGGAGAUUGAUCGUGCAAUCACUUUGACAAUAGGGCUAUAAACCUGAGCUUCCGGACUCGUACAAGAGCCCUCCAUCAGGGACUAUGAGAGUGAAACAUUAAGUAAACGCAUGUAGUCAAGCCAUAGGGGAGGGGGGAGCGGUGCCCCCCACUGCGCUGGGUCUACAUCGCUUACCUCACAGCGGUCCCACAGUUUGGUGACAGUUUGCGCCCUUGGCUGGGAACUGUACCACACCACCUGACCGCGUGGGCAUAGCGCGUGAUAACAGGGUAGUAGAGCAACGCGUCUGUCAGACACCCAGACUUCCAGCAUUUCCCACCCCGCCUUACCGUCGGAUCUUGCCAAUUUCCGGUCCUCGGGAAGUCGAGCCCGUGGCGCGUGAAUAGCGCUUUGAGACGGUGGGUCGCCUCUGCAGCACCACACCGUGAUGGUCACUGCCUUUUAUCCCUCUCCGUCAUUGGUAGACUGCAAAACUUCCAUCUGUUAUUGCACUCAUUGCCUUUAAUGAUGGACCCCUGCACGCGUAAGAAAGCUCAGCCCAAUACACCCGACAGUUCGACCGUCGCAUCGGACGAUAUCCACCGUGUGAUCCACAGUAAAGUGAAGCAGGCCCGGUGACUUGCGCGGGAAUAAGUUUAUAGUGAGUGUAGACUUGCGAAGCACCUACUGCACUCUCUCCUCCCCCACCUGAGUCCGGUGUCAAAACAAAGUCAAGAAGACUGGAAUAGGGAGAAGCGCAGGUGGAUGGCACGGCUAAGUCUGCACUUUGGCGCUCCACUCCACAUCUCCUGACCAGAAGUUUAUGCUACAUAAAAAGGUCUGUUUCCCAAAGUUGGGUCAACCCAAGCGGCUGGAAGAAUUUGCAGCGACACCCUGCACUUCCCCAAGCAUGAGUUGUCGUGAAAUCCAUGGUUAUUGCUAGUGCAACCGAACAUGAAUACUCAUUCCUAGUAAAUCGCAUAUUUUUUCUGGAUGUUGACCUGUUUCAUGCGUACUGUAGGCCGCUGUUUGAGUGCCCUGUCGGGCUUGUGCACCUGAAUUGGUGCUGAUUGUCUCUACCUUAUCCCUCUCCUUGUAAGCUGACCUUCGGCAAACUUUUCCCGCUCGCGUAUUCCUAAUCCUGCCGCUUGUGCGCGUCUGUACCUCUAGUUUCCGCAUCCGAACCCAGCCUACCUGGGCGGUCCGCCCCCACCGAUGCCUGAAUGGAGCAUCACCGCGGCGCAGUUAGCUCAAUAUUCACCCAUCUUUGCCAGUCUGGAUCAGGACGUGGAUGGUUUAGUGACCGGUGCCGAGGUCCGCGAGUUUUUUCUGCGUUCUCGCCUUCCCCAGUUGGUAUUGGCCAAGAUCUGGGACCUGGUGGAUUUGCAAGGCACUGGAACACUCAACCAGUAAGUCCGCCCGUGAUACACCAAUAUGCAGUAAUUGAGGCAAGCACAUUUCUAGGGUGCUUUAACCAAAACAAGAUAAAAAGGCUAGUGUUGAUCGCUAAUAAAUGCUAUUUUUCUCACUAGUAGUGCUUUAUCUUCUCAGCCCCCUUCCUGGAUUGCCUACACACUUUUGUUUGGUAACUCUAGUUAUCCGCCGUUUCUUUUGACGAGGUCGAAGUCUGCACCGAAUCCAACAGUUGGACCGUCGCCAGCGACGAGAUCCACCAACACACAGGAGGUGAGCGCCGCCUUGACCGGCGCAUCAGUUUGUUUAUAGUGAGACCGACCGUGCUGCACCUGCUUCACUCCUCCCACACUCACUACGUUCUGUUGAUACGACAAAGUCAAUAUGACCAACGGUGGACGUGGAUUCAGCGGUUUCCAAAGCUUAGCAACUUCUCUGCGCGUGCCAUACACGACCUGGCGUCAAACUCCAUGUGCGUCAGGCGUCGUUUGAUGGGGGCCGGGGGUGGGUAAAGGGGAGAAGGUGUUAUCUUGUAUGAUAGGUGUCACUGUAGGGGAAAUAAGGAGGAGCCACUGAGGUCUGACCUUUACUUUAGAGGUGAACAGUGUUAUACCGUCGACUGUUUACAAUCAAAGCCAGGACUUCUAGUCCGCUGCAAUAGCAUGAUGCGCGUAAUCCCUAUUAUAGUAAUAAAUGCAUUGGAGCCUCAUGAAGAGCAAUACACCUGUACCAGCCUCAUCCAUACACUUCAGGCCUAAUGAUGAGAUUGGGCGCAUGGACGGUCGUGGGAUGAGUCUCAAUCUGACUCGCGCCGCACGCAUACGCGCAGAUCAAGCACAGCUCGACGGACGCAUCCUUUCAGCCAGCUUGGUAUAUUGCAACAGCGGUGCAGCUCCAUUGUGAACUCCUGGAAUAAUGGCAGAUGUCACCAGCUGAGAUAGAACUACUAACACACAGAUCGUCCACAGCUGGUCUACAGGCGUCAUAUAACUUCAGUUUCGCUAGUGUUUUCUAAUCGGUCUGUCUUUGAGAGAGUUGACUGAGUGCUUGGCAUUUCAUCAGUCGUUCACAUUGAGGACCAUCUCUGUCCUAAGGGCGCAACGCUGACUCGCGCAUAAGCAGGAUUAUAGUGAGUCAGACUUUCGCAGCACUCAUACACCCCUCCUCCUCUAUUCUCUAUUGGUAUAGUAAAAAUCAAAACUAUUAUCACUGAAGAUACCGCCCGAGCACUUAUUUAGGCGGGACUGGGUACAUUUUAACAUAGUUGGUUUUCCGGAGCAAAGGAACUUCGAUAUCUAAUGAUGUGUACCACAAACAGGCGACCUUAUAGCGUAUCCCGAAGUAUGCGGUGGCUCGAUACCAGGAGACAGGAACUACUUAUAGUUUACUUCUGCACAUUUGAGUGCGUUAGUAUAAAUGGAAAUAGGCGAGCUCAGGAACCAUCUGCUCGUUAUCCGGAUGUCCUGUGGUAUAAAGUCUUCACAUUCCAAAAUCUUUUCCUCCUUUUUGUAUUCAAUGUCCGAAGAAAUUACGGAUAUAACCCGUCAAACCGUCAUCUAAGGUGGCGCUGACAGCGCGCCUCGUAAUAUUUACGAGUGUUGUUAGCUUUAGUAUUGCGUUGCCGAUCCCCUAGGUCAUCUGUCCUGGCUAUGUGUUCGAAGGGGGAGUGGAGGCGACAGCUCCUACUCCACUUCUCUCCCCCCUGUUCCAUUUCGAUCAGCAGCGCAAUUGUCGCUCAUAUUUUCAGUAACAUUAGAUGUUCUUUACACCACAAGCACAAGCGUUUAUUCAUACAUGAAUAAGACCGUAUUGAUCAAUUGGUUUCCCAAGGCACAGCAGCAUCAAAUAAGGAUCCUAUAGAUGUCAACUGUUUAUUCAGUGCUCGCGUCUAGCUAGACCAGGCAGGACCACAGUUGUGCGAAAUAGUAAGUACAGGCAAGCAAGAGGGAAGGAAGUAGACUUUUCUGCGAUCCUUCUGAAGAGUCUCUCCACGCAUGUUUGCUGGGAGAGCCUUCGCACACAUCCUCCUAAAUCGCCGGUCUUAAAACUGCAACAAGGGCUUCUGCUGAAGUUGUAAUGUUGAUUCCGAAGACAACAAGUAGCCAUUACAAUGAACAGAUGGAUAGAUGGCCAUCGACAAUCCGGAGCCCUACCCUCCGGGACGGUCUAUCGUUGCGUGCCGCAGGUCACUUGCAGCAUUCCGUCUACAUACCUUGACCCAGCAUUCUCUGUCAUAACUGGCUGUCGCCACGUUUUCAUAUUUACAAACGACAUACAUUUGCCCAAAUUAUGCGGCCUUACUAUUGACUACUGCUGCAAGCACAGCAUGACAGAAUCCGACUUAAUUUUCUUAUCUCUUCUCAGACAAAACCACUGCCGUUGUUUGUCUACCCGACCGCAUUUAGCCUAUCCUCUGGAAACUAAAAACUUGUUCACCUCACGCAAGCUUAAUGACGCAACUUGCUGUUUUUACCUCCUUUUCAGUCCACCUCACCUCGUUUAUUUUUACGAGUGUCAUAGCGCAGUAACCAGUUCCGGAGUUGGUAGUCUAAGCAACAACAACGUGCUCAUAUCCUAUUCUCUCCAGAGUGCAUAUAGUUUUUUAAAGUAGGAGCAAAACAAGACGUUUUAAAAACCGGAUUUUCUGUAUUCUUGAAUUAUUACCGACAAUAGCAAAGGAGACUGCAGUGCCAAUUUCUUGAUUAUUGUUUCUAGUCAACUAUACCCCCACCUGUGGCCUUAGUGCCACUUGCAUCUGACAUCCCGAUGACAGCUAACAGCUCAUAAAAUUACGACGGAACUGGUAGCGCAGUGACUAAUUGCAUCCGGCCUUAACUGUCGAAUCAACUCGGCCUGCGGUAAGGUAUUCCUGUCGGAUGAAGACAAAAGAGGAUACGAGUCCCCUAUGGGUUAUUUUUUCUGUACCCCGGUUGGCCACUUGUGGUUAAUUAGAUUUCUGGUGGACUGUGUCCUAGGCUGAUGGCAGGUCAACUUGAUGAUUUAUUUAAUAGACGCCCAACUACCAGCUCUCAAUUGUCCCUCUUGUUCCAAAUUACUUGUGCGCUAUCAAACCCAAGGUAGCGGUCUCGUUCAGACUAUGCACGACAAAGGUAGGAGCAUCCGUUGUGGCACAGUUGGCUUUCGAAGUCUGUUCCGAUCGCUUGGUCGGAAACAACGUCCAAACUCCUCGAAAGCCGUCCAGGCCGGUUCUUGUCACAGGGAAGUUGGCCUGUGGGACCGGUAUUCCACCACUGCCUGGCGCAGCUAAUGGUGGCUCUGCAGCUCGACGGGCGUAUUGCGCGCCCCUCCUGCUGCAUCCGCGUCACCAGUAGUAGUCAGGUAGUCUGAUCAGAUCACGCCACUGAUAUUUGCUAAAUGGGGAUGGAGGCACCACCUGUCCUUAGACAAAGUCCAAAGUCGACGUUUAAUUUCUUUAGCAUGCGUUCUAUAGGGCUUCGAACUUCGUUUUCGGCACGCUCUCUUUGUCUUUGCGUGUUCGGUGCGGAAAUUUGUUUGCGAAGCCGUGAAAACAUCGUUGGAGUAGAAAUAACGCCAAUGUCCACGUUGCCCUUCCUCGUGAUCAGUAAUUUUUGUCAGCUUUUGCGCCAUUGACUGCUUCUGACUGGACAACGGGCCCGUGACUGAACGGUCUGGGCGUUGGACUUCUAACAGGUCGCGAGUUCGAACCUCGGCAGUUUCAUACCUCGCAGUUGGGUAUGACCGGCUGAUGGUGGCUAACAAGCCAAAAAUGGCCAUUCCAGUCUCCCCUACCUUUGUCGGUAAUGCUAUCAACCGGUUUGGAUACUUUGCGUAUCCCAUGAAAUAUUAACUGAUAUUCUGAAAUGUAAUGGUAGGGGGCGCUCACCGAUCGUUCUUACGGAACACACUUGUUCUGUUGUGCCCUACGGGCUCACCCGCUCGAGCCCAACCAGCAGCCACACAGCAGACACACGGCGACUUCGGGGUUGGGUAUGACUGGCUGACGACGGCCAACUAGCCAGAAAUGACCAUUCCAGUUUCUCUGGUCUUUGUCAGUAAUACCAUUCUGCUUAUAUCAUGCGUCGCUCUGAGGCUGCUGAUUGGGCUCGAGAGAGAGUCCAUAAGGCACAACGGAACGAGUGAGUUCCGUAAGAGCGAUCGGUGAGCGUCGCCUACCAUUGUAUAUUCCCGAUCUAAACCGACAGGACAACGGGCCCGUGGCCUAGUGGUUAGAGGCGUUGGACUUCUAACUGACAGGUCACGAGUUCGAGCCCCAGGUGUUUCACUCUUCGGGGUUGGACAUGGCUGGCUGACGACGGCUAAUAAGCCAGAAAUGGCCAUUCCAGUCUCCCUUGCCUUUGUCGGUAAUAGCGUUCUGAAAUGUCUUUGAAUAAGAAAGAAUGUCUGAGGUGAAGUUGUAAUAUUGAUUGCCAUGCAGCAUAAUACCAAGAUAUUUCAGUCACAGUAAAAUGCCUUCUUUUGGACGCGCUCUUUUCCAGCCGCAUGCAAAAGCCACAGCCGGUAAAAAUGACUUCUUAUGUACACUAGGUGGGCUAACUAAUGAAAUGUCAACGGAAAUUCUGAAAUGCGUUUUCGUUGCGAAAAGAUUAAUUAAGUGCGUUGUAAAACUAGUCAUCAUACAGCAUCAUUUCAUAAUAAUCCCGUUACCGCAGGAUGACGGCUUCCAAAAGAACUUCUUCCCGCAUAAACCGUUCUCUGUAAAAAAGGACUACUGAGGUAGCAUGCAUUUUUCUCAUUGACUUUAUAUGGCCUUAAAAAUGCAAUUAUAUUUCAUGGAAGACAUGUAUAAAAAUAUUCAUUCUUUUGCUCAUUCGGCAGAAAGUUACGCCUUCUUCCAAUUUUAUACUCGAAGGAAGGGUACAAUUCGGUUUUCAAAGACUUCCAAUUCCCGAAUAAUGUUGAUCCCCGACCUGAGUUACACUUGCAUUCAGGGUUUCAAAAUACAAAUUGUAUAUUUUCCGCAUACUGAAGACCAUACAUUUCUCUACGGUAUUAGGAGGCGACCAUAUGGAAUUUCCAAAAUUUAACAGUGGAUUUGGUCCACAUUGGUAAAUGCAGAGACGUGACGUUUUAUAACGGCCAGUUAGAAACGUUUUUAAAACCGAAUUAUACACUUUCUUAGAGUAUAAAAUUGGAAGAAGACGUAAUUUCCUACCGAAUGAGCAAAAGAAGGGAUAUUUUAAUGCAUGUUUUCCAUGAAGUAUAAUUGAAUUCUUUGGGGCUUAGAAAAUCAGUGAUGAAAAUGCAUGCUACGUAAGUAGCCAUUUUUUACAGAGUAUAGUUUUUGCAUGCAGCCGGAAAGAAGUUCUUUCGAAAGCCGGCAUCCUGCGAUAACGGAAUUAUUAUGAAAUUAUGCUGUAUGAUGAUUAUUUUUACAGCGAAACGAAAACGCAUUUCGGGAUUUCGGUUGACAUAUCAUGAGUUCGCCCACCUACUGUAGUGUGAGUUCGUCAAUUUUCGAUACACAUAUUUUACGGAAAACGCAGGUAAUACACGGAGAUAAGAACUCUCCUCCCCCUAAACACAGAUGGCCGUCCGCUAAAUCGCUUUCAGGUGAGGGCUAAGAUUGGGGUUACGGCAAGAUUGUGGGUAAGCUUAGGGUCGGGUGUAGGGUUGGAGUUAAGGAUUAGGACUUUGGUGCACGGCCACUUGUAUUAACGGUUCCUGCUCUCCUCUCUUACCGAAACAUUCAUUAAAAUAUUCUUUUUUUAGAAUCAUUUGAUAGUGCAUUGUGUCAUCCCGAAAUUUUGCACUCGAUGAAAGAUGCCCUAUCUUCGAUUAUAUAAUUCGAAGACGUAAUUUAUUACUAAAAGUAGCGCCAGAAGGAAUCUUUUGUGCACGUUUUUGCGAAGGACGUUUAAAUAUGUAAGGGCAUUAAAGUUCAUGUAAAAAAAACUGUACUUAGGUAGUCACUUUGCGGCGAGUGAGAUUUUUUGCAGACGCUCGAAAAACGACUCAUUCAAGAACUGGCAUGCUGGCGUGAUUGAAAUGUCCUUAGGUUAUACUGUUAGGUAAUGAAUGUUGCAGUCUCACCUAAGCAAUCCUUUCUAAUCCAAAGCACAUUUCAGAAUAUCGGUCAACAUUUCAUGGGAUGGAUGCCAGAUUUUAAAAAUUCGUCAAUAUCGGCCAACGUUUCCGUUUUUUGUCCAGCAGCAAAUAAUUUGCACCACGUUUUUGGACCUUUAAAUACACACAUAUCUUCGCUCACCUUACACUUUAAGCCCAAAUAUCUUCGCCAAUCAGAAAUUAAGGCCCACCCUUUUACCGUGACCUGCUAAAGAAAUAUUUAAGCAUAUUCUUCAAUAUAAACGCAGAUUUUAGCCGACGGAAAGAGGCGAAUCAUUAACACUCCUGACGGGGGAAGAAAUAACGAAUCGGAAAGUGUCCUUUGACUUUGCAUUCCUUUCGAAAUCAUCUGUUAGAAACAUCUUAAGAUACUUUUUGACAGAGCAGUUGAGCAAAAUCGAAUCUCAGGCCCUAUUCUGCACUUUUCAGCCUCCUAAACUUAAUGUCGCCUCGAUUUUCGUUCCCGUGAACAUAGUUUUGAUCUAUUUCUCUUCUUCAUCUCCAUCCGUUCUCUCCAGAGAGCAGUUCGCUGUGGCGAUGCACUUGGCAAAUGAACAACUGGCUUCCAACUGCGCCGCUGAAUUGCCAGCCACCCUCCCUCCGGCACUCAUUCCACCCAGCAUGCGCCCAGUUACUUUAGAGCCCUCGGCCUACGAAGAAGCCAACAAGUUGAUUGCGGAGAUCGAGAAGACCCGCCGGUUAGUUGCCUCUUCCUUGUUUCGUUUCAUUAUCUGA